AUAUUCUCUGUCUUACUCAUACCUUCUUGAUCGGGCUUCGAACGGGCACUCGUCUCCGAUAUCAUCCAUCCAUCCACAAUGAUUCGUGACGACACAAGAUGGCGUCUUCCAUGGGCCAUGCAUUUGACAACUCGAGGAAACUUGACUGCAAAGAUCUCCAUGGUUAUCUUCGGACUCUUCAAGGAUCUGUAUUAGAUAGACUCUACAAUCAUCCUGCAACAUGUCUAGCUGUAUUUCGAGAGCUUCCUGUGCUUGGCAAGCAUUGUAUCAUGAGGGUUUUGUUUAUUGAUACUCCUAUUCCACAAGCAGCAGUUACAUCAUGGAUACAGAGCAACCAACAGGAACAGCUGCAUGUAGCAGUGAAAACCCUGACUGAUCUUCGUCUGUUCAAGGAUCAGUCACUUCCCGGUGGUCUUCCUGGUUGGGUUCUCAAUGUCACCUUCAGGACUAAUCUCAAGACUGCUCUUAUUGGAGGAGGAAAGCCUUGGGCAAUCAGUGGAAGAGGUGGAAAGGACAAGAAGGUCAAAGACACUGCGGCUCUUGACAAGUACGCUUCAGAAAGAUGGGAGUGUGUGCUUCAUUUCUUGGUCGGUUCAUCUAAGGCUGUUGAUACAUUGAGCAGAGAUAUUGCAACAGUGUUGACACAUUCUGGUCUUAUGAAGAUGGGUGAGUCCGGGGGAACGCCAGUGAUCACCCCCUCGGGAUUUCAGUUUCUGCUUCUGGACACCCCGUCUCAGGUUUGGUUCUUCAUGCUACAGUAUCUAGAGACCGCUCAGGCAAGAGGUCUAGACAUUGUUGAUGCUCUCUCUUUCCUCUUCCAGCUCAGCUUCUCAACAUUAGGAAAGGAUUAUUCAUCGGAGGGCAUGUCUGAGCAACAGCUUCAUUUCUUACAGCAUCUCCGAGAGCUAGGCUUAGUAUUCCAAAGAAAGAGGAAGUCAAUGCGCUACUAUCCAACAAGGCUUGCCAUCAACUUGGCUUCAGGUGUAUCAAGUAUGGUCAAAGAUGAUCAUAAGGAUGGCUUCAUCGUGGUAGAAACGAACUACCGUGUUUAUGCCUACACGGAAUCAGAUCUACAGGUUGAAAUAUUGGGACUGUUUUGCUCAAUGCUGUACAGGUUUCCAAACCUCUCUGUGGCUGCUCUGACAAGGGAAAGCGUACAGCUAGCCAUCUCCAAUGGAAUCACAGCUGAACAGAUUCUACGGUUCCUGAGGACGCAUGCACACCCAAACAUGCGACAAAAGACGCCCAUUAUACCUCCGACUAUUAGUGAUCAGGUCAGGUUAUGGGAGCUGGAGAGAGAUAGACUCAGCUUUACACAGGGAAUCAUAUACAAUGAGUUCUUGUCUCUUCAUGACUUUGAGGUGCUUCGGGACUAUGCAAAGGAUCUUGGUGUUCUUAUAUGGGAGAGUGUCGCAAGACGAAUCAUGAUCGUCACUCCAUCAGGGCAUGACAGUGUGAAGAAGUACUGGAAGCGAUUGAAAAAAGGACAAUCUUCAUAGCGAGAUCUUGGUGUUCUUCCUGUGGAAAGCAUCGCGAGAAACAUCAUGAUCGUCACUCAAUCAGGGCAUGAUAGAGUGAAGAACUACUGGAAGCGAUUGAGAAAGGGAGAUCUUCAUGGCAAGAUCCUGGGAGAGUGUGGGAUAAUGUUGGUUAUCUAUGCCCAACCAUCGGCAACUGGGUUCAGAACCUGUAGAAGCUGUUGAAACGAAGGAAGUGCCCUUUGAGCAGUUUGCCAUAAUUGGGAAGUAAAAGUAGUAUUUGGGGAAAAGGUAAUCUUCAGUGAAGAUUAAGAAAAAUAACAUUCUCUACAAUGUAGUGUUCCAAGUAUGCUUUGAUCCUGAUGCCUGUUUCAUGAGGCCACUGACAAAUUUGUCCUCAGCCAAUCAAAUGCAAGGAUUUCAGUUGCUUAUAACAAUUGCUUUGUGAAUUAGUGCUCUUCUGCAAAAAUAUGAGAAACUCAUGGAAGGUAUAAAAGACAUUAUUCAUUUUUUCAACGUUACAAGGAAAAUAUGAGAAGAGAAUUUAGAAGAAAAGAAUGUAUAUUGUGGAUUUUUUCACCAUCAGUUAAUGAUUGAUAUGUAGCUUCUGAGCUAAUUGUGUUCAUUUGACAUUAUUGAGAAUUGAAAAUGGAAAGAGGAUAACUGAGGGAUUUCACAGUAGCUGUUGAAGAGAAGACACUCAUUUCAUAGCCUCAGUAUUAUAUGAUGCAUAAUAGCUUGAAGGACAAGGAGAUAUGUUCCAGCGUAGGAUUACAUUGAAAAGGAGAAUAGACAAUUUUCAUUAGUAUUUUGUAGUUGUUGAAAACAAACAAUUGCAACAGUUAUUUGCUAGAGCUGACACCAGGGGCCUGUUGCAUAAAACUUUUUACCUGAGAAAACUCUGGUAAAAACUGAAUACUAAGGUUAUUCUGAUUUUUGCAAUUGACUUUGACACAGGGCAAAAACUGCGGUAAAAUCAACCUGAGUUU